UGAUCUGAUGAUGGCUCUCGUUAUGGAACCUAUUAGCAAGUGGACGCCCAAGCAAGUAGUGGAUUGGAUGAAAGGCCUUGAUGAUUGCCUCCAGCAAUACGUAAAAAACUUUGAAAGGGAAAAGAUCAAUGGAGAACAGCUGCUGCACAUCACACAUCAAGAGCUUGAGGAACUGGGAGUCACUCGCAUUGGCCACCAAGAACUGAUAUUGGAAGCGGUUGAUCUGCUGUGUGCACUGAAUUAUGGUUUGGAGACUGAAAACCUGAGAACACUCUCUCACAAGCUGAAUGCCUCAGCCAAAAAUCUUCAGAACUUUAUAACGGGUAGAAGGAGGAGUGGCCAUUAUGAUGGCAGGGCCUCCAGACGACUGCCAAAUGAUUUUCUUACCUCUGUAGUUGACCUGAUUGGUGCUGCCAAGAACUUACUAGCCUGGCUGGACAGGUCUCCAUUUGUCAGCGUGACAGAAUAUUCACUGCUGAAAAACAACAUUGUUCAACUGUGCCUGGAACUAACAACCAUUGUGCAACAGGAUUGUACAGUGUAUGAAACAGAAAAUAAAAUUCUUCAUGUGUGUAAAACGUUGUCUGGAAUUUGUGACCACAUUAUCUCGCUCUCAUCUGAUUCUCUGGUGUCACAGUCAGCACAUCUUGAGGUAGUUCAUCUCACCAGCAUUAUGCCCAGUGAGGGUUUGGGAAUGUAUAUCAAAUCAACGUAUGAUGGGCUACAUGUAAUCACAGGAACAACUGAAAAUUCUCCUGCUGACCAGUGUAAGAAAAUCCAUGCUGGAGAUGAGGUGAUCCAGGUCAACCAUCAAACUGUGGUUGGCUGGCAGUUAAAGAACCUAGUAAAUGCACUGAGAGAAGACCCAAAUGGAGUGAUUUUAACAUUGAAGAAACGACCUCAGAAUACCCUGGUUUCUGCUCCUGCUCUUCUGAAGAACGUGAGGUGGAAGCCUCUUGCACUUCAGCCUGUAAUUCCAAGCAGUCCUACAAGCAGCUCUACAACCCCAACCAGUACAAUGGGCAUGUCCUCAAAAAUGGAGAACUCUGCAUUCCAGGAUGUUUUCAUUCUGUCUCCUAUGUCAGGACUUUAUGGCCCCAGGGAUGAAAUUGGAAUAAUGUCUUGUGAUGACAUCAGCAAAUUUGGAAAGUCCGGAAUGAAAGGCUCUGAGUCUCCGAGCUAUUUUCUGGAUCAUGAAAGUGGGAAAUACUAUACCUUAAUUGAAGGUGAAGGUCAUCCUGUGGGCUCUGAGUAUGAGCGAAGCAGAGCUUCAGGAGUGCGGAGAAGAGAAAAAACACCUACUCAUGGAGAUUUAAGGCCUGUUUCUAUGCCUACUGAGUACACCUGGACAGGGGAGUCAAAAGAACAAAACAUGUACAAGAGGGGAAGCAGAGAUUCUGAGAAUUCUCUCCUGCGGUACCUGAGUGAUGACAAGAUCUUGGUUAUCCAAGAAGAACCUUUGAUGCAGAAAGACAACAAAAGGGACACGGGUCGUAGGUCAAGAAAAAAGGGCAAAAACACAGGAAGCCCAAACUACCCUAUUAGUCCAUCUGUGCUGGCCUCUACUAUUAAUGUUAGGCUUGAACCUGGACAGCAAGAUGUCUUGAAUUUCUCGCUAGCAGAAAACAAUACAGUUCCGCUUUAUCAUAGAGCAGGGGACACAGUCAGUGGAGAUACUGAAAGAUGUGCUAGUUCUGCAAUUGACCGUCACGGAAGCACAUCCAUGAGGAAGUCAUUCCAUUACGCUUCCCUCAGGGUAAAAACAAGAAAAUGGUCAAAAGGGGGCUCCCUCACAAGUGGAAGCAGAAGACGGAUUUCUUGCAAAGACUUGGGACAUGGAGAUUGUGAAGGCUGGCUAUGGAAGAAAAAGGACGCCAAAGGUUACUUUACACAGAAAUGGAAAAAAUAUUGGUUUAUUUUGAAGGAUUCUUCCUUGUACUGGUACACAAAUCAGAAUGAUGAAAAAGCAGAAGGAUUCAUUAGUUUACCUGAGUUCAGGAUAGAUAGAGCAAUUGAAUGCAGAAGAAAACAUGCCUUCAAAGCAUGUCACCCCAAAAUUAAGAGCUUCUACUUUGCAACAGACUGUCUUGAAGAAAUGAAUAGAUGGAUGAAUCGUCUGGGCCUCGCAGCAAUUGGUUACACACCUGAUGACAAGGAUAUUCAUCCAGAUGAAGCAGAUUACUGGAGUGAAAGCGACCAGGAUGAUGUUGAUGGCUCUCUAACGCUGAAGCAGGAAGGCUCUUCAACACUGUGUGACACCUACCAUCGAACACCCUCAGUGAAUUCUUCAAGUCCGUUCCCUGAACCCAAACAUGGUCGGCACUUUUCAAGUGAAUCAACAUAUUCUCAUUCUUCUGCUGAGGAUUCUCGACAAGAUGCAGCAGGAAGCACACACUCAUCAGGAUGCAGACCUCCCUACCGAGAAAGACGUUCAUGGCAGGAUCUGAUAGAGACCCCAUUAACCAGUUCAGGGCUCCAUUUUCUUCAGACUGUUCCUCCUGAUACAGAAUACAUGAGUGGCAGGCCUGGAAUGUCACCAGAGAAAAGAAGACAAGCAACAUUACCAGUUCAAAGACGUCAUAAUCAUGAACAGGAUGGGCCUUUCCCUUUGGCGGAAUGUCAAAGAGGACAUAGUUCUCAUAGGCCACAGAAGCAACGUAGUCAGAGCCUUCCACGAAAUAGAGAUGUCCAGGUUAAGGGGCGUAUAAAGUCUGUGGAAGUAACAGAAGAAAAGACAGAAGAGAAAGUUCCUAUUAGAAGGCAUAAUAGUUUCUGUACAGAAGAAAACAAAAAUGAAAUUGGAGAGAGUACAGAUGGUUUGCAAGAGCUAUACAGGUCUCUGGAACAAGCUAGCUUAUCAGCUUUUGGAGAACAGCGUCCCUCCACCAAGCAGGAGUUCCGCAAGUCUUUCGUAAAGAGGUGUAAUGAUCCAGUUAUCAACGAAAAGCUUCACCACAUCAGAGUUCUCAAGAGCACUUUAAAAGCGAAGGAAGGGGACCUCAGAGUUAUCAACAGCCUCCUGGAUGAUCCCAACUUAACAUCAAAGAAGUUUAAAGAUUGGAAACUAAAGAACUAUGAGUUUUUCCUGGACAUUUGUGAGUACAGUGCUGCUCUGAAAUCACAAAAUGGAGCCUCUGAACUUGCAACCUCAGCACCAAUGCUGACACAUACACAUUCAUUCAUCGAAACUCACGUGUGACAGGACUAGUAUCAUGAAUAAUUGCUGGGUGCCAUGAAAAAUCCAAUAAGACAAACACUGUAAUAUUUAUAAAUAAUGUACUCAGCAGUAUUGUAAAUAGGUUGGAUAAGAGAAUAGUGCCACAGGAUGCCUACUGCAUUGCAUGAUAAGACAGUAAUAUUCUUUCUGAAUUUUUUGUUUGCUAUGAUCAACCGAUGUUCGUAUCAAGCUCUGCAUUAGAAAGAAGCAGUGCAGAAGUGUAACUGAAAAUUAAUUCCAGUAUAUUUAAAGUACUGUACUAAAACUAAGCUUAUAGUGUGAGCUCCUACAAUCAUUUUAUAUAUUUAGAUGUAUACAUAAACAUAUCUAUGUAUAUAAAAUGUAAUAUGGUAGUUGACAUUUACUUUUAAAAUGCCCUAAAAUUCACAUUUUCACACAUCUUUCUUGAGAAAAAUAUAAAAUGAAAAUGUAAAUGCAUUGGCCACUCUUAGAGAUGAACAUUUAUUUUUGCAACAUUUCCAGAUAGUGACCAUCUUUGCAAAUAAAGGACAGAGUUAUCAAAAUGUAAACUCAAUCCCUAUAGUGUGCCUUAAAAUGUACACUGUACAUCUAGCAAAUAGAUCCCAAUCUGGCCCUAUGGGCAUACUGUACAUGCCAUUUAGAUACUGUGUUUGUAAAAUAAUGUGCCUGCCUUUAACAUGAAUGACUAUAAGCAAGCAGGUGUGGCACAGAAGUAGGUAAGAUAUGAGUAGAACAAUGUCGGUUGUUCGCUAAUGCUGCAACUUAAACUGAUUUUAAUAUAAUCUGAAGUAUUUCAUGGUGAAAAAAAAAUACCAUCUGUGCUGAAUAUGGUGGCUACUGCAGGUUUUCAGUUUCUUCACUGUGAAUUCAAGUGACACAAGCCUGUGAGUCACAAAAUUCAAAGAAGUUCUCAUGCUUCAAAGCUGAGAAUUAAGUAAAAGGGGAAAAAAAACUGAAUUUAUCAAAUAAAUUCUGUAAUAGACUGACAUCUAGAGCUGAGUAAAUUGUUCAAAAUUAUGUAAUGUAUGGCAAUAAUUUUUAACUGUAGGUAGCCCAUUAGCAAGUGGGUGGAAGUUAUUCAAUACAGCAUUUGAAAACUAAUCUGUAUUGAUUGGCUUUGAGAAGACACAUGUCACGUAGUGUAUUUCUCUUCCUUGCCUGGAUGAGAAUGAUUUCUAAGAAUCAGAUUUUGGUGUACAUACUUGUAUUCUUGAAAAAAAAUUGGUCAUUCUGAAUGUUACUGAACAUAAAUUUCAAACACGUAUUUGCAACUUCCCCUGAGCACAUAUGCUUGCUAGAAUAUUUCUAGAAAGCAGAAGAAAGGGGAUGUGGAUACAGUUGAAGUCAUUUCACUUACAAAUUAACACAAAUAUUCACUGAAACAUUUUCACAACAUUAACCUUACUGUCUUUCACAUGUCAAGAAUUGUAAAAUUUAUACAAUUUAAUAUAAUGUGGGAAAAAAUUGUGUGUCAAAGAGGUACUAGUAUCCAGGAAGAGAUUUAAUUAUGCACAAAGCCAGAACUGGGUGAACAUAUCCUGUCAUAUCCUGACAUAUACAGUCUCCACAAAGCAGCUGAAGAAACACAACUCAGAUUUGGUUUAUAUUCUCAUUUGCAGUGGUAUUUAUUUGAACCCCAGUGGAUGCAGUGAUUAAACAACCAAUAAUCUGAAAUAAUUCUAAAAUAUUAAUAAUUUGAAAGUAUUACUGGCUGUUGUUUUGAGUUCUUUGCAUCUCAUAAUCAUAGCAUCAUUGCAACAAAUUCAUAACAACAUUGACAUAGAACAUGCAAGAUGAAGGCAUAUUUGGCCUGCUACAGCAGUAUCGAAGUGAACAGCAAAACUCCAGUGACUUCAGAGGAGCAAGAUCCUGUUGUACAUGGUUUGCUUGAAAUUAAGCAUGCACUUAAGCCUCUGUGUAAGUACUUGAAGUGAGAAAAUACAGGAAAUAGAGAACAAUAGUUUGCCACCGCAGGUUUCAUCAAAAUCAGAGUUGCAGUAUUCAUGUAAAAAGUAAAAACUCAAUCUAAAUGUAUUUACUAUCUCAACAUUUUAGUGUGCAACUGAACAACAGAAGCAUUAACAGAGAACUCUUUCUUUCCUAACUGUUGUUCAUAUCAGAUCUCUAAAAAUUAUAUAUAUUUCACUAUUUUAAUAUCCUUCAUAUAAUGUGGGAAAAAUACUAUGUAGUGAAGCAAACAAUAGGGUAAAUUAUAUAAGCUGUUUAGAAACUAAUUCAUACUAUAAGUGCAAGCAGUGAUAAUGGUCACAUAAUUAGUUAAAUGGGUUGAAUUUUUCAUAUUCAUAAAGAAAUUUAAACAUGCAUUUUGUUUCAAACCCGUAACAUGGUCUAUGCUUUCAUAAUAAACAGGUUUUAAAAUAGCUUUCAAAAGCGAUUGCAUUGUAACUCGAAGACAGAAAUGACAAUUGACCACAAAAUAAAUUCAGUGAAGUCAUUAGUAAACAAUGAAUCAAAUUGUUUCUCUUCUAUAACAAUAGGUAGAGAUACAUCUUAGAAUAACAGAGAAAAAAACAUAAUUAGGAACACGCCUUUCUCAAAAAUAAUACAAAUAGUAAAGCAGUUAAUAAAACAGUAAAAAACAGUGAAUCUCAAUUUUCAUUUCUCAUUGUUCACUAAAAUUUAAAAAAAAGGAGAUUUUUGAAAUAUUGAGCAGAUGAGAUAACAGAAAAUCCUUCCUAAACUUGAAAGAUCAUAAUGGCUUUUGGUGAGAUUUUCUUUAAAAUCUUUCAGUGUCAUUCUGAAAUUCUGAGAAUCAUGAGUCUUUAUUCUGUUCUUGAAGAGUAGUUCUCAUCAAACAUGAUAAGAUUUGUUAUGAAUAUUCAAGAUAAAUUAUCUAAGAUAGUCAUAAGGUGAAUUGAGAUACUCUAGCAAAAUUUCCUAUAAUUGAGUUAAGAUUAACUGGGAUAGAAGUUUGAAGGAUUUGUCUAACAUUCGUUAGACCUUAGAGCAAGCAAAAUUGUAUUUUUAAAGUAAGCAACACACAGAUUUUGUUUCACAAAUGUGAGUCAACAUUUUGGAAACAAAGUCAUUUCACAAGAAUUUCGACAUACUUCUUGCAUGUCUACUCAACUCCAUAUUAUUGCCCUUCCAUCCCCACCAUGAGUUUCUUCUUGCUGUAGCUAGAUACUAAUAAUGAAACUAUGCUAUAGAAGUUAAUAUGCAAAGUCAGAGUAGCACAUGCUGUUUGGAAUUCUGUGAUCUUUGAAAUAACUGGAAUGCCAAGUCUGAUACAGAUACUGUAUUUAAAAUUUGUGCAACGGAUCCUGCUUACAUACUAAAACAAACAAACAAACAAAAAAACAAAAAAACCCCCAAAAAGUCAAAUUCUCCUGGACCAAAAGGUGCUCUGAUACAGUGCAGCUGAAAUUAUUCUGGUGGUUGUGAUCACACAUUUUUAGGUGAGAAAAGAAUUUUGUUUGCUGUCAAGUUCAUCAAAGGAAAUAAACAGCACCAAUACAUUACAUUAUUAGCAUAAUAGAUUACCUGCCUGUACACUUAGAUAAAAGAUGGUUCUUAAUAUAUGCAACUAUAUAGAGAGAGUGUUUGGAUGUGUUUUAUUUAUUCAGAUCUUAUGAAAGUUACCAAACUUAGUGUCUUUAUUCAGAAUUCCUGCUAGGUAGAUUUUUAACUGCAGAAAAAUCAAUCAUUGAUCACUCAAUCAGUAGACUUCCCCUGUGACUCUACAAACAUAGUCUUUUUGUUACUGGCUUUUAUAUAUAUAUAUGUAUAUAAUAUAACUGAUUUCAUGCUUCCCCUAAACUACUGAUUCCCCUCCCUUUUUUAAUACUAUCCUUCUGUGUUCAUUGAAUUCAGUUCUUUGAGAACUGUCUUAGUAGCUAUCUUAGCACUUCCUGAGAGAUCUUAUUUUUUUUUUUUGUUUUCAUAUAUCUUAAAUGACAAUAUUUCUGAAUUUACUCUAAUAGGCACAAGAAGUAAUCAAAGAAAGAAGUUCUUACCAGCUUGUAUGUCUAAAUUCUGUAAUACAAAAAAGGUGGUAAAAAUAUUGGGUCCCUAAUCUGCAACAGCACAUGUAGGGUAACAUUUGCCCUCACAGUAAUCAGAGUAGGUUGUUUCACUUCAUUGGCAAAAACAAUGCUAUUGUCUUGUCAGCUUCUGAUAGAGUCCUACUUUCUCAAACAGAUCAUGAGCACUUGUUGAACUGCAUUAUGCUUUGGCACCAUAAGGAAAGACAGAUCAUUUGCUAUUGAAAGAUCUUUGGAGGAUGAGAUGUGAUCUCUUUUCCAAGCAGGGAAUUCUGAAUGUGAUCAGUUCAGAUCUGGACUACUGUCAUUUAAGCUAGAAAUGUGGUGCAGAUAUGAAAGUGAAAUUUCACAAAUACCAAAGUGUUGCAUGGAAUUGCUAGCAAUACAUGGCAAAUUAGCUUUAUUCUUACUGUCCUCAGCAAUUACAGAUUUUCAGGCCAAAAUAAAGCUUCUUUGAUUCAAAGAUUUGUGAAUGAUGAUAAAGGUAACUUUGAAGAGGUUACUUUACAGAGGCUCUGGGAAUUGUUCAGUCUCACUAAAAUUUGUAUAGUUUUACUGUUGACUUUUAGAAGGUUUCACUUGGAGUGUUAAUAGGAUAGACACCAAACUUUUGACAGAAAAAUGAAGACUUUGGUAGAAAUUGCUUAACUUACUAUAAAUCUGAGGAGAAUAAAGAAAAUUCUUAUAUCUCUUCUCUCUCUUAAGAAUAUAAAUCAGACUUAAGCCCACACGUAUGUUAUUGCUUAUAUUCUUCAUCAUGUAGUCUCACCUGUCUUCCAAAGUAAUAAAAACAUUCUUCUCCACUAAAAACUAGUGAUACUUACAACUAAGAUGAUAUAUCUGGGGACUCUCCACAUCCUGGUAAAUUUUGGCUGCUGGCCCCUUGAGGCUGGACAGCUCUGCCAGACUGAACUAUUUUCUGAUACUGCCACAGUGGUUUGGACAAACUCUUCAUGUGAUUGGGGCCAAAGAGUUUUAAAAGUAGGUCAUUUAAGACAGCCUUUGGUCUUGGCAGGACACUGGACUAAGGCAGGAUGCAGCACAACUGAACAACAAAACUUAAGCCCCAGGCACUGAUCUGCUAUGCCUGUCAGCUACCCUCAAAGACCUAUAAUAUGAAUGAUGUCUAACAUACAGUUUAGUUACAAUCUAAACUCCAAUCUACUAGCAUAAGCAAAUCUUAUCUCUCUGUAGAGACCUGGGCUGGUAUUUGUGGUCCUGGAAAAAUUCCUCAAGGAGAGCGUAGCUCCUUUUGUAUAACUGGGCCUCUCUCCUGAAAAUACUAUUCAUAGUACACCCAAGUUCCAGUAAUGUAAUGUUAGAGAAAUAUGUGGUAAGUUUGUCUCAUAAGGAAUAAUUUAUUUCAUCUUAGUUUUCAAAAUAGGGAAAUUGAGUAUUUAUAGGGAAGACAGAAUGGCACUGGUCAUAAAAUGCCUUUGUGUUUUGAAGUGUAGGUUUGUAGCAAACUUUCCACAUACCACAUGCCUUAGACCACUGAGCUUAUAAUCUCCUUAGAGAUAAGCUCUGUUCCAUAUUGCCAAAUGAUGUUUAUUUACCCAUAGUACAAAUAAUGAGUAGUAACAGGAAAGAUUUAAAGAGCAAUAUUACCUAUUUCAUUUAUAUUAAGUAACAUAAAGUUCUUUUCCUUCUAGAAUAUUUUCCUCAUUAAAGCUAAGGUUCAGAGUAGCGUUUUCAGGCAAGCCAGGUUCCCCCUCUGCUUUCAUCUCAGAUGAAUUUACACUGUGUGACUGAGGCUCUCAAUGGGUGUUAACUUGAUAUAUAUCUAAAAAUCAAACCUAAGCCAUACUAUCAGGUGAUAAAUGGAAAAUACAAUGUUACUUAAAAUCAAGUCUCAUUUUUUCAGUUGAUUUUAAAAAACUAUUUCCUUAACUCCCAUAAUAUAUAAAUGUAGUACUUUAACUCUGAUCAGUUCCAUUCACUAAUGUGCAGGCAACUGAUUCUCUAUUCUUGAUAUAAUUAAUAGAUGGAGAAUCAUUUUUUAAUGAAGCUUACUUUCUACAUGUUACAAUUUAUACCAUACUUCCAUAUUUAGAAGAAGGAUUAAAAUAAAUAUUAAGAUUUUAUCAGCUUUCAAGAUAGCUGAUAUACUACUGUGACCUAGACUUAAUAAAAGUAUAAUAAACUUUUUAAAAGCUACUGCCUGUCAUUAUCUUCAGGAAAAAAAUUGUGUUCAUGCUUAAUGAAGGCCAGUCUUGAGGAGACAAAGAUAACUUGUUUGCUUUUAUUCAGAUACACACAAGCACUAGAUGUGACAACUGGGGACUGUGCUGAAUGCAUUAAUGCCACCAUAUGAGCAGUAUUUGAAAGAAAGCAAUGUUGUAUACAUGAUAAAAUACAUGGACAAUUAUAUCAUUUGACCAGAAAUGCCCACUAGCUUCUGUCCUCACAUUUCUAGAAUAUUACUCAUUCUCAGGCAUUGGUGAGGGUAUCAAUACGGAUCUUUUUACUAACUGUAAAUGCAUCUGUCAGAAUGCUGCAGAUUAAAUAAGGUUACCACAUUAUAACAUACUAGCUCUAUUGCAUUUUUUUCACUAGCAACCACAAAACAAGUAUGUCUUAAUCAACAAAUCUUGUUCACUGGCCAAAAUAACAGUGAGACCCUGUUACCAGUUAAGACUUCUGUUUUACUGAGAAACAAGGAUUUCAACUUAAGAAUCUAAAAAGCAGGUUAAGAUACAAGAGAAGUGCACUAGUAUUAAUAAACUUUUUACAUUUGACACAUACUGUAUUACAAAGAAAAUAUCCUUGUAAGACCAUUAAUUGCUGGGCCAUAGGUGACUUCUGUCUAGUUUACUAAAGUAGCUAAUAAAACUUGUAUAGAGAGCCUUUUUUAGAUAAUGCUUACAUGUAUGAAAAUGUAUGACACCCUUGUACUAUGGCUUGCACUUUACUUGCAUUAAACUGUGAAGUAGGCUGUAGUAAUGUCUUUGUAUAUUCAGGGGUUGAAAUACCAAAGCACUAGAGUGUCAUACUGCUGGUGUUCAACCUGUACUGUUAAUUAAAUCUGAUUGUGCUCACAAUGUGUAUUUUGAAAACCCCACUAACUUAAAAUCUUUAGCAAAUAAUGCUAUGGGGUCUCCAUGGUCUUUGUUUCUUUGUAAAUAUAAACAUUCUUACUAUUUCUGUAGCAAUAGGAGGAUAUAAACCAAACUUUCACUAGGACUGUUUUCAAUAACAAAAAAAAUCUAUAGCGCCUUGUAUAAAAAUCAUGGAGACUCCAUGACUCGUGGGCAUUUUUUGUUUACAAGCAGUAUGUAUAUAUGUAUUAGAGGCAGAACUGUUAUUUACCACAAAGUUUUGUUGUAGUUGAUUCUUUCUAAAAUACAUUUUCUGUCAUUAAGAAAAAGAAAUAUUUUAGCAAGAGCCAUCUUGAAAAGAAGUUUGAAGUCUCAAAGCUUCAAAUAUUACUAAAUCUUCCAUGUUUCAGCCUUGUUUAUCUAAUCAGCUGUGAGAUGAACUGAGAGGUAAUAGUAAACUAUCUCUCUAUGCCAGGGAAAAUGUCUGAGUUGCAUCACAGUUCAUGAAUAUUCUGAGACUUUUAUAUAAUUACCAUCUUGCUUUAAGCCCUUUCAUGAGCAGGUACUACACAGAUACUGUAGUAAAGUCCCUCAGCUCAUUUAUGCUACAGAGAUAGAAAAUUAACUGCUGUAGACUAAUACAGGUAAAACUAGGUUUCAACCCCUGGAUAAUACAGUAUUUCUUCAGUUUCACAACAGUAUUUUUAAUUUUAUACUUGUCUAUGUUGAGAGAUGAUCCAAUAGUUUAUAUAGGCAGUGAAUGUUAGGUUUCUUUUUUCCUCUUUUCAGAUGAGUUCUGUGUGAAUUACUGUAACUGGCUGCAUUUUUUCUAUCACAGAUUAACUUGUUAACUUUUUGUGUGUCUACAAUGAAAAUUUAUGAAUGGAAAACUUCACUGUGUGUUGCUCACUGGGCAUAUACCUCAUGGUACAUUGCACAGACGUGUAAGUUGUAAGUUGCACUGCAACAUUAAAAAAGGAACAUAUUGCUCUUUUUUCAAAGAUAUUAACUUAUUUAAGAGAUAUAGUCUGUACAUUAUUAAAAAGAACAUUUAUUCUUCCUAAAUUCAAACAAAGCUUUUGUUUUGGGGAAAAAGUUGUAAACUUCAGUUGUAAAUUUGGACUUCAAUAAACUGAAUUAUCUGCACUUAAA